ACACACUGAAGCACAUCAUCACACCCUGAUAGGACCGAGAGCGAGGGGAGCGACACCGUAGUGAGUCAUGGUGCCGACUGACAAUCUGACGUCAUGCUUAUUAGAGGUGAUACUGUCACACCCGGCCUUGUCCUGUGCUCUACUUGUGGCCACUGUGGCUGCCAUCCGCUGGUACAUCAGAGAUUCCUACAAGGUCGAAGGCUUCAGCCAGAAGCAUGUGUUCAUCACAGGUUGUGACAGCGGCUUUGGGAACCUGCUGGCCCGGCAGCUGGACGGAAAGGGGUUCCACGUCAUAGCUGCAUGUCUCACAGACAAAGGGGCGGCAGAUCUGUCGGCGGCGGCCUCCUCCAGACUGAAGACCGUGCUGCUGGAUGUUACAGACAGCGAGAGCGUCAGGAGGGCGGUGGAGUUUGCGAGCAAAGAGGUCGGACAGCGAGGUCUGUGGGGUUUGGUGAACAAUGCUGGAAGGUCCGUACCUAUCGGCCCCACAGAAUGGAUGCAGCUGGAGGAUUUCACAAAGGUCCUGGAUGUGAAUCUGAUAGGAGUCAUUGACGUGACCCUCCAGUUUCUGCCCCUGCUGAAAAAGGCCAAGGGCAGGGUGGUAAACGUGGCCAGUAUCUUGGGCAGACUGUCCCUCACUGGUGGAGGAUACUGCCUGUCCAAAUUUGGAGUGGAAGCCUUCUCCGACUCCCUCAGAAUCAACAUGCAACCAUUUGGCAUCAAAGUGAGCAUCAUUGAGCCCGGUUUCUUCAAGACAGCUGUCACCAGGUUGGACAUUAUCGAAGCUGACCUGAAGAGGCUGUGGAGUCGCCUCCCUCAAGAAGUCAAAGACUCAUACGGACCUACGUACUUUGAUAAGUAUGUGAAAGCUCAGGACUUCUCCUUGAACAUCCUCUGCAGUCCAGAUAUCUCUAAGGUGACCGCGUGCAUGGAGCACGCGCUGACGGCUCAGUUCCCACGCACACGUUACGCCGCAGGCUGGGAUGCAAAGUUUUUCUGGAUUCCUCUGUCCUACAUGCCUUCAUUUGUUUCAGACUUUGUCACCCAUUUGCUUCUCCCUCCACCGAAAGCGAACUGAACCGCUCCCUCAUUGGAACCACUGUGAAACGAUGCAGAUAUUUUGGUAACACUUUAAAUACAUUUCUUGGCAACUUCUAACUGGUUUUCUGCUGAUCGAGCCAAUAAGUAUACAAGUUAAUUUCUAACUAGUUCCUGACAAACAUCUGCUGACGGUGCAAGCUGAAUUUCGGCUCUAACUUCCCCUCAGCAGGCCACUAAACUGAGGUGAGCUGCUGCAGCUUAAUUUCCAACCAGUUUCUGUCCAACUUCUGCUGGUCAGUAAAUUGUCAGUAACCAUUUACUAGUUCACCACUUUCUGUCACUUAGGCAGGCCAAUUUUUCUAACAAUUUGCUUAAAUGUCAGGUUUUAUAGUUUUAGUUAAGCUAGCUGAACUACCCAGGGAGUGCUUGUACUAGGAGCUUUGGACUGCUGGGAGAAAGAUGUUAUCCUGCUCAGGGCUAGCUGGUUAGAAUAAUACAUAGACAUCUUUGACAUGAUAUUAAAACUGAUACUUUACUGACCAGCAGAAGUUGGACGGAUAUUAAGCUGCAACAACUCACUUCAAUUGAGUCCCCUGCUGAGGGGAAGUUAGACAGAAACAAGUUGGAAGUUUCCUGGAAGUGUACUACAGAAGCUAUCAGCUGUUUCUUAACGUCCUCUUAAGGAAAAAGCAGAAUGUAAGUAUCAAAUCAUAUUGGGGUCAUUUUCAGUCAAUUUUGGGGUAAUAACUGGGGUAAUUUUAGAGUCAUUUCAAAGUAAUUUCAGAUACAUUGCUUGGUUAUUACCAGCAUCUUACCAUCAAAUUUAAAGACCUGUAAAAUGAAGUGUUACUUAAUAUUCUGCCGACACUGAUGUAUGUUUAAAGUGUGUUGUGACAAUUAAAUAAAAUAAAAAGGUGUCAAGGCUGUGUUA